UUACAACCAGGAUAUUUUAAAUUACUUGUAUGCAUUCAUAUAAAAUUUCAAUAGUUUAUUUAGCGUUCUUUUACACUAUCUUAAAAUUAUAGCAUAAAAUAGCUAUUUAUUCUGUCCUUAUUUGAUCCUAGUUAUAAUGGAAUCACUAACAAAAUUCUCUCUGAAUAACCAGAUAGUGUUAAUGAGGCACAUAGUUCGCAAAUCCAGAGUACACUUAAUACAUAAAUUAACAAGAGAAUCUAAAAAGCUAAAGGGGAAAAAAGGUACAGACGAACAAAUUGAUAAAAAUAAAAAAAAAUCUGAAAGAUUGGUAAAUGAAAUACUAUAUAUCAAGAAAUUAAAUGAUGAUGAAGUUUCAAAAUAUGCAUUACUAAAUGAAACACCCGUUGCUGAUAUUUUAAACAAUGUUGAAACUACAUUAGAACAUAGAGCUUUAGCUAGAUUAUCAGGACAUAAAUUUAUUGACAAUUCAAUAAAAAUAUUUAGGGACAAAUAUUUAGAUUGGAAAUCAACAUUAAGGGAUUUACUAAAUGAUUUGGGAGCAAGACAUAAAUUAAAAAAGAAACCUAAUCAGAAAAGUAAGAAUAGUAAUAAUGUAACAAGAGAAAAUUGUGUAAACAAAAAAGAAGAAAAGACUAUUAUUCAUGAUGUUUGUAAUAAAAUUAACAAUUUAGAAGAAAAUGAAGUGAAUACAGAUACAAUAAAAAAACUUACUAAUAGUUUAAUAAAAGAAGAUAAAAUAACUGAAAAAGUAGAAUCAACUGAAACAUGUACUGAUAGUAUUGUUUCUGAUAAUUUAAGCAAAAUAAGUAGUAAUAGUGAUAGUGACUGUGCUCGAGGUGAUGAUAACCAACAAUCAAACAAAAGUAAAACUAAUACAUCUGUUGUAAGUAAUUUAGAUUUGCUGGUAGAAGUACCUAGAUCAAUUAUAAAAAAUAGUAAUAAAAAUGUUCAAAUUAAUAAAGCUAAUAAAAGGAAAACCAAUUUUGAAACAAAUAAACAUAUUGUACCUGAAAAGAAAAGGAAUAUUGAAGAAAUUGAACCUGUUUGUCAAUCGGUAGAUUCAUUUUUUAUGACAACUGAUGAUAAGGAAUACAAAUCAGUGUAUAAACCACCUCCUUUGAAAGAAAAAAGUUUUGAUGAACCUUCAAAAGUAGAAUAUAAGAUUUCAGCCAAAGAAGUCUUCAUUAAAGGCAAAAAAAUAGUAGUUAAUAAACAAAAUGCAUUUGCUAAUAGAAGAGAAAGAAGAAAUCCAGUAGAUCAUAUAGAAAAUGUGUUACAUCCUUCUUGGGAAGCUAAGCGCAAACAAAAGUCUCUAGCCAAGUUCGAAGGGAAAAAAAUUGUAUUUGAUGACCAAGAUUAAUAAUGUAUAUAAAAUAUUUAUUUUAUGAAAAUUUAUAAAUGUUAAUCUUACAAAAUAAAGUAAAAAUAAAUAGGAAAAAUCAUUUUGUUA